AUGGCUCCUACACUUGUUCCCCCACUAGCUUUUGUGUGUCUGCUGCUGGCAGGAGGCUUUGCCCAGGCAGGCAGGCUGCUGAUGGUGCCCAUGGACGGGAGCCACUGGUUCACCAUGCGCUCGGUGGUGGAGAAACUCGUCCAGAGAGGGCAUGAGGUGGUAGUGGUCAUGCCGGAGGUGAGCUGGCAACUGGGGCAGUCACGGAAUUUCACAGUGAAGACUUACUCAACUUCUUACACUCUGGAGGAUUGGAACCAGGAGUUCAAGACUUUUGUUGAUGCCCAAUGGAAAAAUCAGGGCCAAACUAUAUUGUAUUUAUUACUGGGUUCAUCCAACAGUUUCUUUGAACUGUGUUUUCUACAGUGUAGGAGUUUGUUUAAUGACAAGAAGUUGGUAGAAUAUUUAAAGGAGAGUUCUUUUGAUGCUGUGUUUCUGGAUCCUUUCAAUAUCUGUGGCUUAAUUGUUGCUAAAUAUUUUUCGCUCCCAUCUGUGGUCUUCACCAGGGGAGUAUUUUGCCAAUUUCUUCAAGAAGGGGCUCAGAGUCCUGCUCCUCUUUCAUAUGUUCCCAUUCUUCUCUCAGGCUUCUCAGAUGACAUGACUUUCAAGGAGAGAGUAUACAACCAAAUUUUCCACUUGUCAGAGCAUUUAUUUUGUCCACAUUUCUUCAAAAAAGCUUUAGAAAUUGCCUCUGAAAUUCUCCCAACAUCCAUCACCACAUAUGAUCUCUUCAGUCACACAUCCAUUUGGUUGUUCCGCAUGGACUUUGUCUUUGACUAUCCCAGACCUGUGAUGCCCAACAUGGUCUUCGUUGGUGGAAUCAACUGCCAUCAGGGAAAGCCUUUGUCUAAGGUAUGUUCUCUCACCAUGACAUAUUAAGAAAAUUUGGCCAAAAUAUUAAAUCUUUUCUAAUUGUUAUGUGUUGUUUAUGUUCA